CAACACCUUCCCCUCCAACAACAAAAAAACAGUUGUCUCCUAUCCUGUCUCAUAUUAUUUUAUCCUAUCGUAUUCCUCCAGUUUCUCCCUUACAUCUCACCUCCAUUCAAAUUGUAUAUACUCCCCUUCUCAUCCCAUCUACCAUCCCAUCUUCUCCUCGCCUUUCAUAACUCAUUUCCACCCACCACUUUUAACAUCUUACCCUUACCGCUCCCCCCAAAGCACUCACCGCCACCAUGUCUGCCAAAGUUGCCAACGGUACUGAGGCAAGCCCUAGCUACCUCCUCACUGGCAAGGUCGCCCUCGUCACCGGCUCAGGCCGUGGUAUGGGACGCGAGACUGCCCUCGAACUUGCCCGCCGUGGAGCUGACGUCUGUGUCAACUAUGCCAACUCCUCAAAAGCUGCUGAUGAGCUCGUUGCUGAGAUCAAGGCUCUCGGACGUGACGCUAUUGCCGUUCAGGGCAACGUCAGCGACGUCUCGCAGAUUGUGAACCUCUUUGCCGAGGCCAAGAAACAUUUUGGAAAGUUGGACAUUGUCGUGUCCAACUCAGGUGUCGUCUCAUUCGGCCAUCUCAAGGAUGUGACCGAGGAAGAGUUUGAUCGUGUUUUCAACAUCAACACCAGAGGUCAAUUCUUCGUGGCUCGUGAAGCCUACAAGAACCUCGAGGUUGGCGGCCGCAUCAUCCUCAUGGGCUCCAUCACCGGCCAGGCCAAGGGCGUUCCCAAACACACCGUCUACUCCGGCUCCAAGGGCACAAUCGAGACCUUUGUUCGCUGCAUGGCCAUCGACUGCGGUGACAAGAAGAUCACCGUCAACGCUGUUGCCCCCGGUGGCAUCAAGACUGACAUGUACCACGCCGUGUGCAAGGAGUAUAUCCCCAACGGCGAGAACCUCAACGACGAGCAAGUCGACGAGUAUGCUGCCACCUGGUCUCCCAUGAACCGUGUCGGUAUGCCCAUUGAUGUUGCCCGUGUCACUGCUUUCCUGGCUUCCCAGGACGGUGAAUGGGUCAACGGAAAGGUCAUUGGCAUUGACGGUGCUGCCUGCAUGUAAAAAAGUGUCUUCCUCACCUUCCUGAACGGAGAUCAUAUUCUCUCAUCGCCAUAACCACCACCACCAUCUUGCAUUUGGACGACCCUGCUGGAUUGAGUAACAGAGAGGGAAAAUAGCAUGGAUGGUUGGGAUAUGUGGACAUGUCUGAUGUUGAAAGAUGGACGCCACAGUUGGGGGAAAUAUUAUUCAACGAGGACCUGUGGCUCGUAGAUCGUGACCGGGGGAGGAAGUAGGGAGCAGGAAGAGCAUCUUGUUCUCCCUUCUGUUCCGCGUCAUUUGGAUCUCGCCAUGUGGGGUUAGUCGAUUUGAUAGAAUUUGUUCUUUUUGUGAUUGUUUUCCCCAGCAAAAAGAUAUUCUGAUUUGGGAGAAGAGAGCUUAUAUUUUCAUGUAAUCAAACCUGUUGGUCCUGAUCUUGUUUCUCAAUAUUGAAGUCUUGUUGUUUUCUUA